GGACUCCACGUCUUGCUGUGAGAUGUGCCCACCAGGUAAACGUAUGGUUCGGCGUGAUAAGCCAUGUACAACAAAGUGUGCAUCUUGCUCAGAGCACCAAUACAGUGAUACUUACAAUGUGGACAUGAGUUGUACAGGUUGCAGAAGUUGCACAAAACCUAACAUGGAGUAUAAGUCAAGAUGUAGUCCAACUCAGGACGCUGAGUGCAGAUGCAAAACUGGCUACAGCUGCAAAGACAAACCCUGCACCACGUGUGUGCCGAUACCAGUCACCACCAAACCCACCCUCCCUCCGUCCACUACCACCUUCACAACUGAAGCCUUCACAACAUUCAAGCCCAAACAACCAAUCACGGAGACAGCGUGGUUCCUGGUGAUAAUCGCCCUCCUGUGUAUUGGAAUCGCACUUGUCGUUGUAACAAAAAUAAAUCCCCUACUGCGCUGGAUCAGGUCCAAGGACAGCUUCCUUUUUACUGACAAACCAGAACAACCAUACUCUGAGGACGACAGUGAAUGCAGGCCUGUCCAGGAAGUCUGCGGGGAAUGUGACCAGCCUAUUGAUGUGUGCAUUAAAUGCUAAAUAGGUGACAAGCAAAGGUGACAAGCAAACAUCCUGUGUUGCUAAGGACAUUUAUGGCUAAUGAGGCCAAACACCACUUCAGUCUGUGCUGGCGAAGGAACCAGAGGUCAAGUAUUUCUGGUCUGAUUCGGUUCCCUGAGCAGAAUCAUGACUCUUUGACAUCUGUGACGAUAAGAUGAUAAAAGUGUAUAAAACAUGGAGAUGAAGUGUAAAUACAGAGAGGGACAAUGCGAUACACAUGAGUUAGAAAUGUUGAACUAUGUUGUA